CAACUGGUACUUGUAUUUAUUUCAAUUUAGGGUUUUUUAGGUUUUAUUUUCUCUAUUUUAUUGUUUUACUUUAAAAAGAAAUUAACUGUUUUGAAGAAGUUUUGUGAAGUAGGGUAGAUAUGAACUGAUGAAGUUUAACGUUAAGUUAUGGAGCUUUUAUUAGUUGGUUAUCGGUUGCUUUUAGUUGCAUGUGAAAGAAAUGCAAUCAAAUGGUUUAUCUUGCUUUGUGCAUGUCGAGUUCGAGGGUUAGUAGAACAAAUGAGGGUUGCAUGUUGAUGAAUUAUGAGUUUUCGAGGCCAAAGAGCGAAGGUAGUAAAUUUACGUAACAGCAGGUGGAUUUUGUUCUGUAUGAGGAAAUUUUGAGGCAUUGGAAUGAUUUUCUUUGUCGUUUCGUGAGAAAAAGUUAAAGAAAUAAGAAGAGAGAAAACAAUGCCGGUGAUUCCAGGGUGCUGAGACAUUAAUUUUUGGGCAUUACGUAAACUUGGCAACUGGUCAAAAGUUCUUUACCAAGGAUGAUCUUAUUCUCUAUACUAAAACAGGAAGCACUCAAUCUGAUGACCAGCAGUCAACUUUAAGGCAAAAUACUGUGGCAAAAGCAAAUGAUCGUCCGGAAUGGUUACCUAAGAAUUGGUUAAUGGAAGUGAAAACCCAUAAGAGUGGUGCAAAAAUUGGAAAGCACUACAAGAUAUACAUUGAUCCAUUAACCGGAUCUAGAUUCUAUUCCAAGCCAAAGGUGUUCGGUUUUCUUAGCAAUGUAGAGCAGGAAAGUAGCAAAUCUGAAGCAAAGAAAAUAACCUCACACUUUACGAGCAAAACUGUUGUAAAAGGAAAUGAACACCCUGAAUGGUUACCUCAGAAUUGGUUCAUGGAGGUGAAAGCCCAUAAGAGUGGUGCAAAAAUUGGAAAACACUACAAGGUAUAUGUUGAUCCAUCAACUGGAUUUAGAUUCCAUUCCAAGCCACAGGUGUUCUAUUUUCUCAAUCAUACGGAGCAGAAAAGUAGCAAACCUAAGCGAAAGAAAAGAGCCUCUCACUCUACAAGCAAAGUUGUCAUUAAGAAAUCUACUGCGGAUGAUUUACCAGCAGGAUGGGUCAAGGAAGUCAAGAUUAAAAGGGAUGCAAAUGGAGUCAGAAGGGACCCGUAUUACACUGAUCCGGCUAGUGGAUAUGUUUUUCGCUCCAAAAAGGCUGUUCUUCGCUAUCUAGAAACUGGAGAGAUUGGUAGAGAUGCUUUUUUACCGAAGAACAAGCACAGUGAUGAUCAAAAUUUAAUUAGUAAAGACAAAUUACAACUCCCAGCAGCUAAAACGCAGAAAGUGAAGCAUCCUGCUGCCAGGCGGCAGCUGUUUACAGAACUUGUCGCUGCAGGUGAGGAGACAUCUGAUAGGAGUAUCUUAUCUGACCUAGAAGCUGAGACCUUUCAGAAAGGCCAAAGUAAGAAGGGUUAUACUGAAACUGGGAUUGCUACAGCUUCCAUACUUCAGAUUUCUCAAGGGAAGGGUUCUGUUGAGAAUGCAAUUAAAAGGAAUCCUGAGAAUCCUGAGACUGCUGAAAAAUCAAGUAGGAGCAGCUCAGUAGCUCAAAAAACAUCCAAGAGAAAGCAGGGUAAAAUAUUCUCAGUGGAUAAUGUGCUUGUUUUAACUGCUGCAGCUGAUGUGCAAGAGAAGAACCUGCUUGAAAGUGGAACACAGAAUAGGAGCAACUUAAACUUUAAGAAUUCUAGCAAGUCCAAGAAUAAAAGAGAGCUUGAUUUGCCUAGGAGGUUUUCAAGUCGACUUGCUCGGCUUGCACCUCAGCUGGUGGCUAGUGGCCUUGAACUUGCUAAGCCUUGCCAAAAUGAAACCAGUGGUCCCUGUGUUUUGGAGGAUGAAGCACCUCAGCAGCUUAAUGUUCGCUCCAAUGCAGAGGUAGCAAAGCAAGCCUCUGCUUAUUCAACGGUUUCAGAUUGUGGGUUAGCAAAGAAGACCAUAAAGCCCAUUGAAGACAAAGAUGUUCUUGGAAAGCAACCACAAAUGUUUGAGACUAGUGACCCUAAGUCAGAAGUACGGCCUUUCUUUUGUUCAGAUCCAUGCCUAGAAUUUGCAAUCAAAACUGUUAAAGGUGCAAUACCACUUGAUGAUGCAGCUAAUGAAGGGCUUGUUUCAACUCCAGCUUCUAAUGCCCUGCAAGAGAAGAAUCUAGGUAAAUCCAUUGUGAAAAGCGCAAGGAGCAACACAGAAACUAAGCACUCAAGCAAGUUCAAGAAGAUGAAAGAGCCCGGCUUGCCUCGUUGGUCGUCGAAACGACUUCCCAGGCAUGAAUCUGAGCUGGUGGCCAAUGGAGUGUCCACUGAAGUAGCUCUUCAGAAUGCAACUACCAAGACUAGAAAAAAUGAACCAAAACCACCAUGUGUUUUGGUGGAUAAAGCAACUUGGCAGCUAAACAUUGGUCCUACGUGCACCAACCUCCCAAAUCAAGCUUCUGCUGCAGCAGUCAGUCCAGAAAUCAAUAACAUAAGACGUAAUGAAGAUAAAGCAAUUCUUGGAGAGGAACCACAAAUGUUGGAAACUCAGAAGGGCUGUGACAGCAAGUCAGAACUACAAUCAUUUUUCUGUUCUGACCCAUGCCUAGAAUUUGCAAUCAAGACUCUUACAGGUGCAAUACCAUUAGAGGAUGCUAUCAAUGAAGGGCUUGUUUCGCCACCCAUUGCUAAUAUCCAGCAACAGAAGAAUCUAGCUGAAACUAGAAUUGAAAAAAGCAGUUGUAGAAAAACUUUGUUUAACUCAAUUAGGUCUAAGAAUAAUGAUGGCAGUUUGCUUCGUCGGUCUUCAAAACGACUUGCUGGACAUUCACCUGAGCUGGUUGCAUCAUUGUCCAAUGAACAAGCUCUUAAAAUUGCAGAUAGAAAGUCUUGUAAUAGCAAAGCCAUUCGGAAUGCAGAUCUGACUUCAGUGAAUCUGACAGAUAAAGCAUCUCAACAACUUGAGAUUGGACCAAGAAUGGCACUUGAACGUCGUGAUUUUACAUACAGAACCACUGUGUUCCAUGUUGAGUCGUCAAACAAGAGCAAAGAACCUCAUCAAAACCAAACUGCUCCUACAGAAGUGAUUGGGAAGCCAGGGCUGCAAUCUGCAAUUCCAUUUCAGAACUCUUGGUCCGAUCCAUGCUUUGGGUUUGCAUUCAAGACUGUUACAGGUUCUAGUCCUGCUGAGGAUAGUUUUGCUUUUCAGAGUCACUUCAACCAACAGUUUGACAGUUCUGGCAGCCAAAGAGAUGGCAACUUUGCACUGCCAGAUAAUGGCUUGCCCAACGUUUUUCAAAGUGGUAUUUCAUCACACUUUGAUGCCACGGCACAACCUGUUAUGCAACAACAGUUCCCUGUGAAUCCUUCAUUCCUGCCCCCUGGUAAUGUAAGCUUACCUACUUGCGGUACAGCCAGUGCUCAACAACCUUACAGGAAGGGGAAAAGGAAUUUCCAGGCAAGGUAAAAUCCUAGAUUUAAGGGUUUGCUAAA